AUGUCCCAAUUGCCCUCUCUUGGCACUCAGAUUGCCGUCACCCAUUGUUUGCGCCAGCCGACACAUCUCCCUUCGCACCUCUCCGCAAACCCUACUGUGGCCUCAGACAGCAAGCCGAGUUCUCAUUCUAUCGGCACAAACAACAAGGCUAGUACAUCCCCUGUACAGCAUGAGGCCUUGACAACACUUCGCGAGGUCCUUCCCGACAAUCUCUGGCCGGAGGUACGCCCAUCACUCUCAGAAGACGUAUCGUUCGGCAAAGCAGAGCUUCAACACGGGAGGGUACUGAUCGGCCACGUCUACUCGGAAAAAGACCAGGGACAGGAUAAUGCGGAAGAACGCGCCUUAUGGGCACAUCUCUGGAAGAUCGAUUGCAGAGGAGGUGCUGUACUCAGUUUCUACUACAAUACCCAAGAGGAGCUCCGAAUCGGCGAGCCCAAGUUCCGCAAGGUCGAGUUCCAGCAAUGGUGUUGUAUGAUCGCUACAGACCAGUCACCUGUAGGCUCUUCUGGUGGCGAAUGGGAGAGGCGUCUCAAGACGGUCGUAAAGAUUGCUCUCCUUGGGAGUGGAUACUUGAACCCAAAAGAUUAUACGUUUCCAGACUUGCCGACAAUUAUCAGUGUCAUCAACAAGCGCAAGCCUACCCAUCAGGCCAGUUCUUCUUCAAUGCGAAACGCCAACGGCAAGCGUCCGUCGGAGGGAGACGACCUAGAGACAUUCGUCGAACAGAUCAUGGAACCUGAUUCUGAGGACGACUAUCUGGAUGGAGAUAACGAGGAUGAUGCGCCUCCCGCAGAACCUAGCAGUACCGCUCACGCGCCUUCUGCAAAGAAGUCUGGUAUGCAGCCAUCGCAUAUACAAGAACUGCAGGAAGCAUUUCCGCCUACAGUCUGGCCACGUGUCGAGGUCUGCAAUGAAAACGUCGGCAAGAUCUACCCCGGAAAAGUCUACCUUGGAUCGUUGCCAUCUGCAAAAUCGCCCAGCGGUUCACCACAGGAAGUGUGGGCAAGAGUCAAAGGGAAGGUGUCCGCCAAAAGGUCUGGACACAUUCUGUGCUACUGGAACAAUGGCCGAACGGCAAACUUGAGGGAUGGAGAUCUCGUUAGUAAGAUAGAUUUCGACAAGCCUUUUCGAUAUCUUGGAGAUCCUGAAGCACGCGAAACGAAGCAACACACACGCGAUCCCUGGCGGGCUUUGGUAGCCGUUUGUGUACGGGCAGCGCUCGUCCACGCGGGACUGAUUGACGGGGACGAGCUCUCAAUCCAGGCAAAGCCAGCACGAGUCGCAGAGAUCAUCCGUCAAAACCGGGAGAAGCUUGAGACCAGCACCGCAAAACCCGCUGAUGUAGAAGCUUCGAGCGACGUCAAUCCUUCAUCCAGCAUUGGUGUUCCUUCCAGUUCUCCAGGCAUCCCGAUUGCAGACAUGAGGCCCAAAAAGCGUCGUAUGGCCUCUGAUCACGAAGCUGGUGAUGAUGCUGGAGACUCAGUCUCGUUGGCCACGACACCAGCCCCCAGAGGAUUUUCGACCAUAUCGCCGUCGAUACAGUUUCUCAGGAGGGCUCGUGAGACCGGGCCAGGCUCUCUAUCUUACGAGCUUGCCGCUUCCAAGAAGAGAUGUGCUACUCUCGAAGCCGACGCCGAGCGACAAAAGACAGAGAACGAACAGCUUCAAGAACUAUGCAAAGAGAAGACUGUUGGCGCCGUGACUCUGCGAAGUGAGUUAGCCGUCGCCCAUGAGAAGAUAGCAAAACUCGAGCGAGACGGCGCGGAGCUACAAGCGGAGAUGGGCAGUCUUAGAAAGUUGAGACAAGCGCAUGUAAAACAUGCUCAGCCCAUUCUACUCGAAGUCAUGGCUUUCGACAUUGGUGAUCAAGAUGGAAUCGAUCCAGAAACGGCAAGCCGAGACGCUAAGAGCCAGUACGUCGAGACCUACGGUAUCGAAGUUGAAGGCAGAGCGCUGAGCGAUAUGGCUUGA